GUUGAGAAUGUGCAGUACGGACUGGAAAUCAUCUUUAAGAAAUCUUUUCUUUAUUCGAGUGCUCGAAAAACUUUACGCUGCCAUCAAAUUCGCUAUUGAGAUAUGCCAGCAAGAUUUAGGGAAAAGCUUUUGAAAAUGUAGGUUACAUGGAUGGCGCGACUUAAGAGGAGCUUAAAAUGUCCUAUUACAAAUUUCUAUUUACAAACAUUGAAAUACGAGAUCAAUUAAGACACGUUUUUACUCGUGCGAUAGAAGUUAUGCAACUUUGUUUCUGAAAAAUUUAUGUUCAGGCUUGAAACUGUCUCAUUACAAAUUUCUAUUUACAAACAUUGAAACACGAGACCGUAUGGCACACGCUUUCAUCGCAUGCAUGAGUCCGUGUGAUUGUUAGUUAUGCAACCUUUUCUCUGAAAUCGAGAGAUUUCAGCUGAAUAUGUAAAGUGGAAAUUGCUAUAAACGAAAAUUCACUCAUCGAAAUUUCAUUCUGACUACGGAAAAUUGAGCCCUGUAGAAGUUUCGACCUUUCAAAGAAACCUGAUAGAGGUUAAAAUCACAGAAAAUGGUAACUGUACGAUCUGAAACGUAAAGAUGCGUCGUACGUGAGUAAUUAUUUGUUUUGGUUACGGGGAAUUCCCUUUUAACGCACGAGGCCGUCCACAAACCUUUGAAACACACAUGGCGCGUGUUGUCCAUGUGUUACGUUCAUCGUUACUUCCGGGUUUUGCUUUGGCCGCUGCCCCACGGUAACGAAGUCUCAGAUAAAGAAUAUUUUACAGAUACAAACACUCAGUGGCGCCGUAGUGUUGAGCAAAGUUAAAAUCAAAUCAACACAAAGAGAAGAGGGAACAGUUUUCAGAUAAUGAGAAUUGCUUGUUUAUGUAACAAGGUAUCUUCGAACUGCAAAAGCGCGAAUGUAAACUCGUGGAUCGCGUGACUAUCAAAUCCAUCUCGUGAUUUACAAAUGGCUUCAUGCUUUAAAUUCAGACGAGUAACGCGUUAUUUAAUUCACACUCAAAUUUUGCAUAGUGCGCAAAACACUCAAAUACGCUCCUCUCUGCGAACAGCGAACAGUAGUUCAAUUCAAGCUGGUGUUUUUUAUAUCUCACCUCAAAUCACUGGCCUUUGGGGCAGGCUGAUAUUGAAGAGUCACAGUCAAUAGCGUCUGAACCAUUUUUCUGAGAAAGAGCGGAAGUUACAAUUUGGCGAAAACGUUACGCUCUAUUGCAGCACUCAGAAUCUUGGAUCGGCUUCGUUCAUCGUCUACAAAUGGUUUCUGUGAUGAGUUCGAAGAGAAUCACCAAAAAGUCAAUUGAAACGUUUUUAAUACUCCACGUACAAGGACUUUUGAUAUUCCCGCUUUGUUCAAGGCACUUGUGAAUGAAAAAGGACUUCGUUACUGCUUUGUUUACAAGUAUUUUUAACCUGAGCUAAGCUGUUUAUGUUUUACUAGCAACGUUGAUAUUUGUAUUGUUGCUUGAGAUUGUUUCGUUCAAAGUUUACAACCACUUUUGAAAGUUAGAAGCUGAACGUUACGAAUCGAAUCGAUCUACGUUUAAGUUACUACGCCAAGCAAACGUUCAGUCAGGUUGGACUUGUAAAGCGAAUUAAGGCUGAGCAUUUGCGUUAUUCCAAUCUUAAGUACUACUACUCUUCCAAAGUACAAAGUUUCCUAGGCGUUUCAAAAGCGAACAGUACAAAGAUUAGCUUCAAGUAAAGCGGAAAAAGUAACGACCUGUAGAGACAGCGAACGUCAUUGUCGCUUUUCAAGCAAUUGUAACAGAAUAGCAUUGGCUGAGUUUGGUAACAAUAGGACUGCAGAGCAAACAGGAAAAACGCUCGUGAACUAGAACCUUCUCUGAGAAGCACAUGGAGUUGCAGCAGUACAGUUUGAGUCAUGGGACAGCGUACUGGGGGACGAAUCUUUGUCAUGGAGGACCAGCGACCUUCGACCAGAGCCGCUAUCAGCAACCGAUAAAACACUGUGAUGGGUUUACUCCGGAGAAGCUCUGUUUUGAAGACAACAGAAACAUCGCUCUCUGUUCGAGUGAGACGCAAGACCCGUUUGCAUCGACGAAUACUCCAGGUUUAUACACAGAUCUAGAAGGGAAACAUUCGCCAAGAAACAGGAGCCACUGUGUGACAUUAUUCAACGGCCACGGAAAGAACCAUAAGCCCGCUCCUUUUGAGAAUGGCCACGUCCGUUAUAACAUGUCAUCUUGCAACGGGUUUCAUGAACCACAGUCGCGUGAAACGAGCCUCGAAAAGACUGUUGGGCAUGGAAGACCCAUGUCCCAAUCAUUCCCAAAACGGCUACCUUCGUGGGAAAGUUCUGCUUCUGAGAAUGAUGAUAGACUUAACCACGGCCGCACCCAGUACACAGUGGUACCUGAGAUAUCAAGGCACCAUAGUGAGUUUAACAUGGAAAUGGAAAGACAAGGUGUUCCCUUCACAACGCAGAACAUUCCAAAGGGUGUCGAUUCCCUAGAAAUCAGUAAACUAUUGGAAAACAAUCUACACUUGGGUCUUCCCCCAUCAUUUGGGGCUGAUUUGAGGUCCAAAGAAGGCAUCGCAGUUGCAGUCCCUCGAAGAUGGUCUUCCGAAUGUAUUGACAAGUAUUCGUCAAGUCCUCCAGCGUCACACCUCAAGAACACUGUUUCCUUGAAACCGAAAGGGCACAACGGCAUGCGUUGGACCUCAGGAAGGAGCCAUAGUGAAGGCGAAGCAAACCCCUCUCUAAACGGCUGGAGUCCCCUUAUACCUUAUGGCUCAGGAUUGUGUGUUGAAGACGAACCAAAACGUGAAGAUCUUAAAUCAAAGAUUCUUGAUGUGCUGACCUUGUAUGGAGCUUUGGAACCCUCAGAAAUCAUUAACGCUGUUGGACGUGGGACAAGGGAGGAGGUGAGCCAGUCUCUAUGCUCGCUCGGUAGACAAGGUCUUGUUAAUUUCACAGUUGCGAGUAAUCCCUCCCUUACCGUAUUGACAACAGCCGGGCAACCUGUUCGUGAGAAACGAGCGAACCCUGGCGUUAUUGGGGGAGAAAGGAGCAACAACCAGUCUUUGGCAAGAAGUGGCUAUGAAGACUUCUAUCCGCAGCUACCAAGGAAUUCAUCUUGGGGAUCUUAUGAUAACAGGCCAAGAAAAGAACCUCGGACAGUUGAUGGCGUGAAGCCAUGGAUGCGAUCAAAUGGUAAUGGUCUUACACCAGGUGAAAGAAGUGCGUGGAAUUAUUGCAAAUUGUGUCGAGUUUCACUAAUGUCGGAGGCACAAUACGAAGAGCACCUUCGAACCACCAAACAUCAAAACAAAGUGGCAAAGUUCAACGCGAUUCCGUACAAGAAAUACUGCGAGUGUUGUAAAGUGCAUCUAAAUUCCGAGUCGCAAGCCAAGGAGCACUUUAGCAGCGGUAGACACGAACAAACUGUUGCGAAAUCUCAAAAGGCACCACCACAGCAACAUCUACCAUUGAUCACAGUUCCUGAGGAGUUUCUUCCGCAACGAAGCACAAGAACACAGCCAUGCGACUACCAGAUGGAGCUGUACUGCAAGGCAAUGAAGGCAAAUGGCGUGUGUUUCCUCCCAACUGGAACUGGCAAGACACUGGUGGCUUCUCUGGUCAUUGGGCACAUGCUUGCGUUGAAUCCAUCUCGGCAGGUGGUGUUCCUUGUUGAUCGCGUCCUCCUUGUUCUGCAACAAAGGGACUACCUUAGGAAGGAACUGGCGCAUGUUCGAGUCGCGGAUGAGCGAGGUCCUUUUAAAGGUACCAGACCCAUUCGCAUCGGAGCGGUGUGUGGUGAAAUGAGGAAGCUUGAGGGAAAUGCUCGCAUCUACGAACAGGAUGUUCUGAUCAUAACAGCCGACUGCUAUCGGAAUCAUCUGAAUAAUGGAACACUUCGCUUUGAUGACGUCUCAUUGAUAGUUCUAGACGAAGCACAUCACUGUAAUAAGGACCAUCCUUACAAUGUCAUCAUACGAGACUUUUAUCUUCGUGAAGAUGUUCUUCUAGGCCACAGACCCAAAAUACUGGGACUCACAGCCUCCCCAGCUGGGGAAAUCUCUCUGGACAAAACAACCAAACGAUUGCAGAGGCUCUUGGGAAACCUGGGCGAAGCACAGCUUUUGAUAGUCACAAACAAUGUGCGAGAAUUGGAAGAGAAGACAAGCAGGGCGCCGCCUGACUGCAUCUCAGCUUCAUACGCAAAUUGUGAAUGCGAGCUCAUGGACGUUCUUGUGGAAUACGUUACCAAAGCAUUCAACAUGGCAGUGCGACUGAGCGAGAUGAAAGACUACAAAGACAUCUUUCAACCGUCUUCCGGCGGCCAUUUUAGCAUCGAUGACAUCUACCCUGUACUUGGUGUCAUUGAUAACAUUUUACUUUCCCGCCCCGAAUCUAACGCCUUGUAUUCGCUGCUGCACUUUCAGCUGAUGUGUGAAAUUGUGUGUACCCUUCAAGAGUGUGGAGAGCAGAUAGCGAUUUAUCAGAUGGCCGAACUGGCAGACGAGAAGUGUCCCCAUGGCUUUUAUUGGGCAGAGAGUGUGGGUCUUCCCUGCGCCAAAGUCAGGUCAUAUUUAGAACACUAUCUAUGGCAAGGCGGGUUUUCAGAGUUUCAUGGGCCAAAUUCAGGAAUAGAACAACUGAUGAAGCAGUUAUUGCAAAUUAACUGGACUGGGACGAGCAGCGGAGUCAAUUUCGUCUUGGUUCUGGUCAAACGGGCACGGACGGCCCGAUACUUGGCUUCCUAUCUGUCAAACAGCGGGUUGUUGCGGGGCGUCAAGACGACAUCCUUUGCAGGACAUGGAAGUGGAUCUGCUGAUAACGGACUGACUUACCCACCGCAAAGAGAUGUUUACUUACAAAUUCUUGAAGGAAGGUUUCAAAUUGUCGUCACCACAAGCGUAGCCGAGGAAGGAUUUGACCUUCCAGUGCCUGACUUAGUGAUUCAAAUGGAUCCUUCAAGCUCAGUUUCAGCUCUCGUGCAAAUACGCGGCCGAGCACCUCUGAACGAGGCCAGGUUUGUUGCCAUCUGUAGGAAUGACGAACAAGCCAAGAAAAUUGAAGAUUUAUUGAAACGUGAAGAGAACAUGAGACGCUCUGCGAGGCUCAUCAACGGGCUGUAAACAAUACGUCAGGUUCUAAUCUUAGAGUGCACGUCAUAUUUAGAAAUAGGUAAUAGCAAGUGGACUGGUUCCAAGUCUAAUUCAGGCCUGGAAAAACAGAAUCUUGAGAAGAGAAUUCUGGAUUUACCAUGUCCUGUUAAACAGAUCAAUAAUUCGGC